AUGUGGCGGAGAACGUACCUGUUCCUGGUGUUGAUUCGGCUGUGGUUCGCGCUGUCACCCAGCUACCUCCACCCCGACGAGAACUUCCAAGGUCCAGAGGUUAUCGCAGGCCAAAUCUUUAGCUACCCGGUUCGACACACCUGGGAAUUCACAAACGAGCACCCGAUACGAAGCGUCUUUCCAUUAUGGCCUGUAUACGGCCUGCCCAUGUUGCUGCUGCGAUGGCUGUGGAUUGGUAACGGCAAAGACGGAGAGAUCCCUCCCAUCGCCGUCUUUUGGACCCUUCGCGUCCUCAUGUUCGUCACCAGCUUUGUCCUGGAGGACUGGGCUAUUCACGAGCUCAUCAGCUCUCCACGCCACCGCCGGGUUGCUGUGCUUUUGGUCGCUUCGUCCUAUGUCACAUGGACUUACCAAACCCACACGUUCUCCAACUCGGUGGAAUGCCUGGUUGUGGCGUGGUGCUUGGUCUUGAUCCAGCGCAUUGUCGAGAGCCCGCAACAAUCAUCGCUUCUUGCUUCUUCGAUUCUCGGCGUGGUAGCCGUUUUUGGAUUGUUUAAUAGGAUUACUUUCCCGGCAUUCUUGUUGAUUCCGGGACUUCGCUUGAUACCCCAUUUUCUUAACAGGCCCAUCUCCUUCACCGUCACGGUGUUAGCUGCUCUCACAACUACCUUCGUCGCCAUCGCCUUGGAUACGGCAUUCUAUCUUCCUGAGCCCAUAAAGUGGACAGACCUCAUCACCCGGCCGGUCAUCACGCCACUGAACAACCUCCUCUACAACAUCGACACAAACAACCUCGCGCAGCAUGGCCUACACCCCUGGUACCAGCAUUUGCUGGUCAACAUCCCCAUGUUAAUUGGCCCGGCGGCGGUUCUGCUAUUCACCCAGCCGCACAUCUCACUUCGACUCUACUCGGCCAUCUCCGGCGUCUUCGUGCUGUCCAUCUUCCAGCACCAAGAAGCCCGGUUCCUUUUGCCGACCGUCCCGCUCAUCCUCUCGUCGGUCCACAUGCCCAGAAGCCGCACCCUUCUCCGGGUAUGGAUCGGCGCCUGGAUCGUCUUCAACCUGUUCUUCGGCAUCCUGAUGGGUAUCUACCACCAAGGGGGUAUUGUGCCGGGCCAGGUAUUUUUGAGCAAGCAGCCGGAUGCGACGCAAGCCGUCUGGUGGAAGACUUACACGCCGCCCAUCUGGCUGCUGAACGGCAAGAACGAGGUACUCACCACGCGCGAUGUGAUGGGUAUGAAGGGCGACACGCUCCUCGAGGAGCUCACCAAGCUUGCGACCUGCGACACGCCCGCCGAUCGACGCAACUCGGAGUAUCUCAAGGAGAAGAACGGCACGUACCUGAUCGCGCCGGCGUCGGCGACAUGGAUCGACCCCUAUCUCCCCAACAAGGGUCUCAAGGGCCUGCGGUUCCGCGAGGUGUGGCGUUACAGACAGCACCUGAACCUCGACGAUCUUGAUUUCGGUGACGACGGGAUUUGGAACACCCUGACACGGGUGGUUGGCAGACGCGGUCUUGUCGCCUGGCGAGUGACAAAGAGCUGCUAG